AUAAUAGUGAAAAAAAAAGGGAAAAUAAAAAGCUCUAUCCAGUGCCCAGUGGCUUACACGGCUCGCUACAAUACACUACACCUGAGCUCACCUGACCGGCUGAUUCUUCCUCUGGAACUUCGAAAAUGGCGAUUUCACUUGCUUCUGCUGCGAUUUCUGGUGGAUCUAAUCUCAAGACUUGCGAGCUUCCAUUCUCAAAAUGCACCUCUUUAGGGAAUAUAUCAAUAAGUGCAAUGCCAACAAAGUCGAAGCGAUUGGAAAUGCACCAUAAGUUUGCUGUUCGUGCUCAGUACAGCAGUGACGAAAGAGGUGGAGGAGGUGGUGAUUUCGUUGCUGGUUUUCUUCUAGGUAGUGCAGUUUGUGGAACCCUAGCAUAUAUAUUUGCUCCUCAGAUCAGAAGAUCUCUGCUGAAUGAAGAUGAAUAUGGUUUCCGGAAGGCUAGGCGACCAAUGUAUCACGAUGAUGAGGGCCUGGAGAAGACUAGACAAACCCUGAAUACCAAAUUGAGCCAACUGAAUGCUGCAAUUGACAAUGUAUCCGCUCGUCUACGGGGUGGAAACAAUACUGCUGCAGUGCCUGCUGAGUCUGAUUCAGAAGUAGAAGCUACAAUGUGAAAUAUGGUCAUUUUUAACAUAUGAUGCUUUUGCUGAGCUUUGGUGACACUGCAACCAUGAUUUGCUGUUAUCACUUAUCAGUCUUGCUGAACCAUAUUGAUACCAACCUUAUGUUUCUUCUUUUCUUUUCAUGGUAUUUGUGAAUACAUUUCUCUUGAAUAGUCUAUGGAUCUAUGAUAUACAGAAGUAUGGUUUAUUGGUUAAAAACUUGUGAUUCAAGCUAUAAAAGGAGAUAUUUUUGGCA